CUCCAGAGUCGAGCUCACACACGGCUCCAGGUCGCCUCAUCGGCCUGAACAGCGGAGCGGCGACACGCGGCGGGAGGCUUUUAACGCGCAGAAGCUGUUCACAGCAUGAGCGCUGCAGCGACCGACCGGACAUGAACGCUGAUCCAACCGUGCAGCCGUGGACUCGAACCUCUCUGAUCCCCUCCGACUCCCCUGGAUGGGUGUUCCCUCCACAGUUCCUCCGCCCCCCCUGUGAGAGCAUGUUCCCCGGAGACCCCGACCCGGUCUCGGCCCAGCUGGACUUCUUCCACAAGCUGGGCUACUCCACGGCUCAGGUCCGGGCCGUGCAGCGGAAGUUCGGCCCCAGCACCGACACGGACAAGGUCCUGGGGCAGCUGGUGCAGGUCGGCGCGGGUCGGGAGGAGGACCAGCAGAAGCAGCAGGGCCCGGUGACCACGGUGUCGGUUCUGGUGUCCAGAGGGGACGGGCCGGCCGGAGGCGCCGCUCUGCUGCUGCCGGUCAGCGAGGGCGGCGGCGAGGACGAGGACGCUCUGAGGCCGGUGGUCAUCGAUGGCAGCAACGUGGCCAUGAGUCACGGGAACAAGGAGGUGUUCUCCUGCCUGGGGAUCCAGCUGGCGGUCAACUUCUUCCUGGACCGAGGCCACGACGACAUCACCGUGUUUGUUCCGUCGUGGAGGAAGGAGCAGCCGCGACCCGACGUUCCCAUCACAGAUCAGCACAUUCUGCUGGACCUGGAGAAGAAGAAGAUUCUGGUUUUUACUCCGUCGCGACGCUUCGCAGGAAAACGUGUCGUCUGCAACGACGACUGCUUCAUCGUGAAGCACGCCUUCGAGUCCGACGGCAUCAUCGUGUCCAACGACAUGUACCGAGACCUGCAGGGAACCAAGCCGGAGUGGAAGCGCUUCAUCGAGGAGCGGCUGCUCAUGUACUCCUUCGUCAACAACAAGUUCAUGCCUCCUGAUGAUCCUCUGGGCCGAUAUGGACCGACGCUGGAGAACUUCCUGAGGAAGUUCCCAAAGACUCAGAAGAAGCAGCAGUGCCCUUAUGGGAAGAAAUGCACUUACGGCAUCAAAUGUAAAUUCCACCAUCCCGAACGCGCCAAACAGUCGAACCGCUCGGUGGCCGACGAGCUUCGGGAGAACGCCAAGAACCCGUGUGCGGCCCAGAAAGCGGGCCCGGCUCGCUGCAGCCCGGAUCCCGGUCAGAGCCUGCUGCUGGUGGAGGACAUGGCCAAGAAGCUGACUCUGGGACACGAGAGCGCCUCCUUAAAGAAAGACCAUAAGAACAAGCACCCGGUGAAGUCGGGUCACCGCUCCAGCAAGAGAGCGUCGACCCGGAAGGCGAUCCAGCCGUCCGACUCGGCGCGACACGGAGGCUCUCAGGAACAGCUGGACUCGGGCCUGGGCUCCAUCGACAGUCAGCCGUUGGAGGCCCAGUGGACGUACGGCAGCUGUCAGCAGAACCACGGCGUCCGGCAGCAGUUCUGCCCUCCGAGAAGCUCGUCGUGCAGCUGCUGCUCUCGAGGCACCACGCCGGCCUUCCAGCACCACAGCGUCGGACCCGUGAGCUGCCACAGCGCCGACAUGUUGCCCUUCGGCCCGCCGCCCUACCCCUGCUACGGCGCCUACCCGCUCAGCGUCCCUGCGUACAACCAGCAGCCCGACUUCCAGCACAGCCGAGUCCACCCGCAGCAGCCGUUCUGGUCCGACCCGUUCGGCGCUCAUCCUCGGCACUGGGACCCUCCACCUCACCCUCCUCCGCCGUCGGGGAAACAGCCGAGCAGCGAGGAGCGAGAAGUCGUCCGGAAGAAGCUGCUCGCCAUCUUCAGCGCCCAGCUGGUGGACGCCGCCAUGGACAUGUUCCCUCAGCUGAUGGAUCCGCAGAAGCUGGUGGCCGAGAUCCUCAUGUUGCAGAGUCAGAACCGCUCGCUGAGAUGAGACGGUUCCGAACCUCGUCUUUCAGUGCAAAGACUGGAGAUAAGCAUGAGUUUGUGUAUUUGUGUAUUGUGGUAUCCACUUUGCUAUGAACUGUCCGAUCCCUCUGGAGUUGCCUCGGCCAGAUGUUCAGGUCGAGGCAGUUACUGUUGAUACAAAUUGUAUCUUUAUUUAAAAGUGUAAAAGGAAAAACUGGAUUUUUGUGCAACUUAAUGAGAUUCUGUUCAGGUCCAAUCAGCAUCCCCUUUAUUAGGUACACCAUCAGUCCAUCGUAGCUCAGUUUGUCUUCACGCUGGGAUGUUUCUCAUCAUUUCAGUGACAGACUUCCACCAAAAUCUGAACAAUGUGAGCUCCGUGUUGGACUGCAUUGAAUCCUGUACCUAAUAAAACGGCCACUUGUACAGUGCAGAUGAGAUGAAUGUUGAAUGUAAAUAUGUCUGUUUGUGUCAUAUUGGCACUGAGGAACAUUUAUGCUUUGGUUUGGGCAGCAAUUCACUCAAUAAAACAAAAUCUGUAAGUAAAA